ACUGUACUUUUGAGUUAAAAGCGCGAGCGGGACGUCUGGUUUUGUACAUACGGAAGCAGUGUAUAAACUAGUCUAUGUUUUAGGAUUAUGAGUGAUAAUAAAAGAGUAUCUUAUAGUCCGAUGAAUGCAGAACUUCUCCGUGAUGAGAAAGAGCCUUUGCGAGAGGCAGAUUUAUCCUCUAAGGAUAUGGUGUGGGUUCCUCAUGAACGAGAAGCAUUUGUCGCAGCUAUCAAGCUUCAAGAACAAGGAGAAAACGUUGUAGUACAGCUCGUGGAGUCAGGAAAGAAGUGUACCUUUCCUAAGGAUUAUGUUCAAAGAAUGAACCCUGCAAAGUACGACAAGAUAAAGGACAUGGCAAACCUAUCGUUUAUGAAUGAAGCAUCAGUAUUAAAUAAUUUGAAGACAAGAUAUUACUCAGGAAUGAUCUAUACAUAUUCCGGAUUGUUUUGUGUGGUUGUAAACCCAUACAAACGAUUACCGAUCUAUGACGAAGAGAUAGUGGAAUGGUAUAAAGGAAAGAAGCGCCAUGAACGACCACCACAUAUAUUUGCUAUUGCUGAUGGAGCUUACCGUAGCAUGCUUCAAGACCGUGAGGAUCAGUCCAUUUUGUGCACCGGUGAAUCCGGAUCUGGAAAGACCGAAAAUACAAAAAAGGUAAUACAGUACCUCGCGUGUGUCGCCACUUCUGCGAAACAUCAGAAAACAUCAGCCAAAAAUGUAAUGUCAAAAUUUAACGGUGAACUUGAAGCACAACUUUUGAAAGCGAAUCCCAUUCUAGAAGCGUUUGGAAAUGCCAAAACAAUUAAAAAUGAUAAUUCUUCACGUUUUGGUAAAUUCAUUCGUAUUAAUUUUGACACAUCUGGAUUCAUUGCUGGAGCUAAUAUUGAAACAUAUCUUUUAGAGAAAGCUCGUGUUAUUCGUCAGGCAGUGGAUGAACGCAGCUUCCACAUAUUUUAUCAGCUUUUGGCAUCAGCUACUCCAGCAAUGCAACAACAACUAUUAUUAAAUCAUGCUAGUGCUUAUCGUUUCCUUUCAAAUGGUAUGAUCGAACUCCCGGGGAUCGAUGAGCAACAAUUUUUCCGUGAAACAACUGAAGCCAUGGAUAUAAUGGGAAUUAAUAACGAGGACCAAAAUGCCAUAUUCCGCGUGAUAUCCGCUGUGCUUCACCUAGGAAACUUAGAAUUUCGUCAGGAACGAAGUUCUGACCAAGCAACUUUACCAGAUCAUUCAGUCGCUGAAAAGGUAUCCCAUCUUCUGGGUAUCCCUCUGAAUGAAAUGGUCAAAGCAUUUCUGAAACCGCGCAUCAAAGUUGGGAAAGAUCUGGUGUCAAAAGCUCAAACCAAGACGCAAGUGGAAUUCGCUGUUGAAGCGAUUUCAAAAUCUAUCUACGAAAGGCUCUUUCUUUGGUUAGUCGCACGAAUAAAUAAAACACUUGACAAAACUAGACGACCGGGUGCAUCAUUUGUCGGGAUUCUCGAUAUAGCUGGUUUCGAAAUCUUCCAAGUGAAUUCUUUUGAACAGCUAUGCAUCAAUUAUACAAAUGAAAAACUUCAACAACUUUUUAACCAUACAAUGUUUAUCUUAGAACAAGAUGAGUAUACCCGUGAAGGAAUACCAUGGGAAUUUAUAGACUUUGGACUUGAUUUACAACCGACAAUCGAUCUCAUUGAACGACCUAUGGGUAUCUUCGCCUUGUUGGAUGAAGAAUGCUUCUUCCCUAAGGGAACUGACAAAUCGUUUGUUGAAAAACUCAUCAAAUCUCAGGAUAAACAUCCAAAACUCUGCAAGACUGAAUUUCGAUCUAAUGCUGAUUUCGGUGUUAUUCACUAUGCUGGUCGAGUUGAAUAUAAUUCAAAUCAAUGGCUAAUGAAAAAUAUGGAUCCUCUCAACGAUAAUGUGGUCGCACUGCUUCAGGCAUCAAACGAUCCAUUUGUUCAGGCUAUGUGGAAAGAUGCAGAAAUUGUAAGCAUGUCAGCCACUACUACGACGGACACCGCUUUCGGUUCUGCUCGUAGUGUUAGAAGGGGGAUGUUCCGUACUGUAAGUCAACUCUACAAAGAUUCGCUUAUACGUUUGAUGACUGUAUUGAAAAAUACGUCUCCAAACUUUGUCCGUUGUAUCAUUCCAAAUCAUGAAAAAAAGCCAGGGCGAAUCGAUGGUCCUUUAGUUUUGGAACAACUUAGAUGUAAUGGUGUGCUGGAGGGCAUAAGGAUUUGUCGUCGUGGUUUCCCCUCACGUAUCCUCUUCCAGGAAUUCAGGCAAAGAUACGAAAUUCUAACUCCAAAUGUUAUCCCAAAGGGAUUUAUGGAUGGUCGUAAAGCCGUUACUGAGAUGUUGAAGGCUCUCGACUUAAGUCAAGACGUCUACUGCAUUGGUCAUAGUAAAAUAUUCUUCAAAGUUGGUGUUCUCGCUCAGUUAGAAGAAGACCGUGAUAUACACUUGACUAACUCGAUCAUUAAAUUCCAAGCAUAUGCUCGUGGUUAUCUAGCCCGACGAGCUAAAGAACAACGCAUACAAAACAUUCAAGCUAGCAAAAUAAUCCAAAGGAAUUGUGAUGCUUACCUUAAACUGAGAAAUUGGCCCUGGUGGCGUUUGUUUACAAAAGUUAGACCACUUCUUACUGUUACUCGCCAAGAAGAUUUGGUCGCUGUUAAGGAAGAAGAGCUUCGAAAGAUUCGUGAACAAAUGGAAAAAGUUGUCAGUGAGCUUAAUGAAAUGCAAAGAUCCUACGAGAAGUUAAGCAAUGAGAAAGUCCAGCUAAAUGCUGAAUUACAACAAGAACACGAUUCAAAUCAAAAUUUACAGACAGAGCGUGAUCGUCUACGCGAAAAAUUACAAACUUUAGAAGAAGACUAUAUGGAACUUGAGAAUAGAGAUAGUGAAGAAAAAUCAAAAUUACAUAAUCUGGAAGCUGAACAGAAACGUCUGUUAGAACAGAUAUCAGAUUUAUCAGAUCAGUUAGAAUUGGAAGAACAACAACGCCAAAAAUUACAGGUUGAAAAGACAUCUAUCGAACAAAAAGUUUCUCAACUAAAUGAUGGCUAUGUUAGCAUUGAAGAUAAAUAUAAUAAACUUGUUAAAGACAAAAAGCAGUUGACUGAUCGAAUAGAUUUGUUAACUAGUCAGUUAGCAGAAGAAGAAGAGCGUAGUAAACAAUUAACUAAACUUAAAAGUAAAUAUGAAAGUAACCUUAAUGAACUUCAGGAUAAACUUGUCCGUGAACAAAAAUCUCGUCAAGAUAUCGAAGUGGCAAAAAGACGACUUGAAACUGAGGCCUCCGAACGUCUAGAUCAAGCAUCGGAAUCGUCAAGGAUUGUUGAGGAACUCCGAGCAACAGUGGCUAAACUUGAGACAGAAGUUGCUCAAUUACAAAAUCGAUUAGAUGAAGAGAUUGUUGCCAAAGCUGUGGCACAAAAAUCAGUACGAGAAUAUAAAUCACAUAUUCAAGAACUCAAAGAAGACUUAGAAGCUGAACGAAUGGCUCGUGACAAAGCUGAUGAAGCUAAAAGAGAUCUGACGGAAGAAGUGGAGGCGAUGAGAUUAGAACUCAUUGACAGUGGGACAAACAGCGAAGCACAAACUCAAGCUCUCCGAAAAUAUGAAUCUGAUUUAUCCAACCUACGUCAUCAACUUGAAGCUCAGUCAAACGCCCAUGAAGCUACUAUUCAAGAGAUGCGCAAAUCUCAUGCCGCAACCCUAGAAACACUAAACGAUCAAAUUGAACAACUUAAAAAAAGUAAAGUUUCCUUAGAAAGAUCAAAAGUUCAACAAGAUUCAACAACUGAUGCAUUACAGAAACAAAUUCAAAGCCUUAAACAAGACAAAACGGAAAUCGACAAACGACGUCGUCAAGUUGAGCAGCAACUAAACGAAAGUUUAGUCAAAAUGCAAGAAACAGAAAUGCAACGUAAUGAUUUAGAGUCCAGACUCACUAAAGCAUUGAAUGAAAUUGAAGGUUUAAAUAAUGCAAUGGAAGAAAUUGAAACUAAAUUAGGCAAGGUCUCACGUUCUGAAACCUCUGCACAAUCUGAGCUCAAUCAUUUACGUGCACGCUUGGAAGAAGAAACUCAGGCAAAAUUAAGUUUACAGUUACAGUUACGUCAAGUAGAGGAUGAAAGAGAAACAGUAAAGGAUUCACUGGAUGCUGAAGAACAAGCCAAAACUGCCCUAGAGAAACAUAUUAUAGCACUUACUACACAGAUGCAAGAUGCGAAGAAAAAAGUGGAGGAAGAUACACAUUAUUUGGAAACCUUGGAAGAUGCACGUAAAAAACUUCAACGCGAAUUGGAUGAUACCCGAAAUCGUAAUGAAGAACUUGUUUCUCAAGUUGAAAAGUUGGAGAAGUCACGCAAGAAAUUACAAAGUGAACUUGAAGAUAUGAAUCAUGUCAUGGCUAGUCAACGAUCUGAUCAAGCUAAUAAUGAACGUCGAAUCAAGAAAUUAGAAUCAACUCAUGCAGAAACUGUUAAUCAACUUAAUAGUUUUCAGGCUCAAAAAGAUGCAUUUUAUCAAGAAAUGCUUGAAAAAGACACAAAAUUAUUCACACAAAAGAAUGAAAUGGAAAAGCUUAGAGAACAGCUAGAAGAGUCAGAACGUCAGCGUUCACUACUCACUCGUGAAUUAGAAGAACUUGGUUCUCAUGGGGAUGAUGCUGGUAAGAGUUUAGUAGGGUUGGAACAAACGAACUAUCGUCUAAAUGAACGAUUAAAAGAAACUCAACAACAAAUAGAAGAACUAGAAGAUGAGAUCUCGACAUUUACCAUGGAGAAACAACGUGCAGAGGUUCAAAUGAAUGCUGUUCGCACUCAACUAGAACGAGAAUUGGCGUCUCGCGAUGACUUGCUCGAAGAACAAAGACGUCAAUCUCUUAAACGUAUCAGGGAACUUGAAACUGAAUUAGAAGAAGAACAAAGAGAACGUGCUAGUCAUCUUAAUGUUCGCAAAAAAUUGGAAACUGAUCUUGCAGAUAUUAGUCAGCGCUUUGAAUUAGCGAAUCGACAAAAAGAAGAAGCUGUAAAACAAUUGAAAAAAUACCAAAGUGUUACUGGUGGCAUUCAGCGUGAACUUGAAGAUGCUGCCCGUGCUCGUGAUCAAGCUAUAGAUUCUGCACGAGAAUUGGACAAGAAAUAUCGUAUGCUGGAUGCAGAUAAAGCUCGACUUCAAGAAGAUUUAGGUGUAAGUGAAAGAACUUGUCGUAAUCUAAAGAGUGAUUUAAAUGAAGCUUUAGAGGAGUUAUCUGUUGCAAAUAAUGCCAAAACUUUGGCACUGGAAGAAAAGAAGCGUUUAGAAGCUCGUAUUACUGCUUUAGAGGAUCAACUGGAAGAAAUACAAAGUGCCAUGGAUGCUACAGAAGAGCGCCACAAACGAGCCUACUGUCAAAUGGAACAAGCUCAGACAGAUUUAAGUGUCGAGAAGAAUAACUUCUUACGUUCAGAGUGUCAGAGAGUCUCUCUUGAAAAACAGGUGAAAGAAUUACGCGAUAGACUAGUUGAAGCUGAAAAGGAAGGAGGUCGUCGUGGUAAAGCUCAAAUUGCAACAUUAGAAGCUCGUUUGACAACCUUAGAUGAGCAACUAGAAGCAGAAAAACUAGAGAAGUUGAAUGCAAAUAAAAAUUUCCGCAGAGCUGAAAAGAAAUGCAAAGAUCUAAUCCUUCAAAAUGAUGAUUUGAGACGAUGUGCAGAAGCAUUGAAGGAAUCUUUUGAAAAAGCUCAAUCUUCAUGUAAACAAAAUAAACGAGAAAUAGCAGGUCUCGAAGAAGAGAACGCCAGAAUCAAUGCAAGAUGUCGCCGCCUACAAAGAGAUUUGGAAGAAGUAAUGGAAGCUAAACGAACCAUUGAACGAGAUCUACAAAAUCUUCGUAAACUUAGUCGGUACGUCUGUUAUAUUUUUAAGUAUAUUUAUUUUAACAGUUUACUCAAUGUGAUACCAAGUAAUAAAAGCAGAAGAGGGUAAACUUUUAAGAUAACGUUUUGUAAUAAUAAUUCAGUAAAUGUAGAUUGAUGUAAUUGACAAGUAGAAUCGAGUUCAUCAUCAAGUUGAGUGGGUUUUUUUGCCAAUUAAAAUAUAGGAAAAAAUAUACAGCUACACAAACAUUAUAUGUGAAUAAUAAAUUUUUUUGCUGGUUAAAGAGAAGUGAUAAUCUAGAGAGGCGUAAACAACUGAUCGUUGACAGUAAUAAGAAAACACUAUCUCGUCAAGAAGAAAUAGAUAUUGGCUCUGGUAUGCUUUAUGUUUAUUCAAAUGGAAGAUUGGAAUUGUACACCAUUUAAACAAUGUACAUACCUUGUUGUAUUUGUUUUUGUAUUGUACUCGUAGUAAACAAUUUUUCAUUUAAUAGCAUGAAAAGGAACAUGUACUCUAAAAGUAUAUGAACUUAUUUAUUCGGAUAGUUGAUGUGCUUCUAACAGAAAAUGAAGUAUAGAUUAUCUACUCUCAAGCUUUCAAUAAUUAAAAUAAGAAAUAAUGGUUUCAUAGAAGAGUUCUCUUUUCAGCAAAUUCUUUUUCAAAGCAGUGUAAUCGCAAAUAUAUAGUAGUUUUAUUGUUGAGGACUUGAAUGCUCAUUAUGACGAUAGAUAGGAAAUAUUCAAGCCCUUAACAAUAAAUUCAUUAUUUUCCCUGAUAAAAACAACAUUCUAAUACAUUUAUUUAUUCUACCUCACUAUUAUCAUGUUUAACAGAAUUUUAUUAUCACUUAUUGUAAUUAUUGUCAUCUUGGAAAAUAAGUAUAUAUUUGCGAUUGCACAGAUUUGAAAACGAAUUCGCUGAGAAGAGAACUAUGCUCUGAACCAAUCUUCAACGAGUAUAUUCUGUUUACUUUCAAUAAUUAUCUUAUAAGAAAUAAACCACAUACACCAGAAUAGGUGGAAAUGUGCGAAAAAUUGAAAAUAUUUGUAAAUGAUAUACAGAUAGAUAAUGGACAGCCCCAGUAACUGAAUAUUAUAACGGAAAAUAUAACCAUCAUUAUUCUCAGUGUGUGUUUGUGUAUACUGCAAAUAGUGACGUUAUAAAGGAGAAAGUAGGUAAUCGUAGCAAAAAGACCCAGACGAUUUCUAUUCAUCAUCGAAAAGAUGUGAACCGUUUAGAGAUAAUAUAAGUAUCGAGUAUGAAAAAAACUCGUAGACACAGAAUGGCCUGUUAAAAUAUCUUAUUUCUAAAACAAAAAAGAAACAACACACAACCACGAGAACAAUUUUGGUGAACUAUAAUACCCGAAAGUGAUUAUGGUCCUGAUCCAAGCCGCGAGAAGCAUAUAAAACAUAAUUUUUCGUGAAUGCACGUACGUUUUCCGGUUUAUUUUUUAUUUUUUUUAUUUUAACACAUAAGUAUAGGUACAGGGAGGCACCAAGUACAUAUGCGCCACACGAAUCUCAAUUGAUUUGUGUGAGGGCUGUGAUACUGCUCGGGUGCCCAAACCGAAGCAGGUGGUUUUCUUAGGGGGCCACACCCCGAGCCUUUGACCUGAACGUCUGAUCCACAAGGCAGUGGUGCAUCGUGAGGAGAUGCAGUCCCAUGGUAGCCGGUGACCAACGAUUGGUUCAUACGCCAUUUGUUCCCGCAGGAUACUGGAGCCCAUGUGCACCAUUGGUUUGGGGUCCGGUUAUAGCGCCAGACAUUCGCUUUUCGUCCUCUCAUUUUUGUAAACAACACCCCCGCCACGAGAAGGCGGUGAGUAGGACUUCCCUGGCAGAGGCUAUAUACGCAUGGCCAUGUGAGAGCAUUUGGAGAGGGAGAGCGGUCUCUCCCCACUCUCGGCCGUACCAGGACAUUUGGGGGUUUGCGCUUUUCUUAUCAUCUACUUUGGUGCAUACACAUUUUUAGUGCUUGUUAUAUGGAAAAAGUACAAGCAAAACAUUUUAAAAGAAAAAAACUGAACUCACUUAAUUAGUGUUUUUACACUAGAAAAAUUGGGAGUGAAAGGGGGUCGGUGUACUAGAGAGAAAAAAGCAUUAUUUUAGCACUACACCCCAAUCAACGUGAAAGACGUAUGCAUAUGUGUAGUUAAGCUUACUGAAUUUCAUCCCUUUCAGGAAUUCAUAGUGAUUAUGUUGUAUGGUUAUCCAUAGGAUUUUUCCGAUGGUACCAACACAUUCUCUCUGUCCUUUCUUACUACUGCAUACACAUACAUUAAAUAGCAUCUUAUUAAGGUUUUUUCCGGUCAUCAAGACUAACUGAUUUGAUAUGGGUUUUUUUAUUACCGUUGUGUUGUGUAUUUCUGUUUAAAAUCCUGUAUGCUUUUUACUUUUCUCCGGUGAUUGGUAUUCCCUUUCUUUGUUUACUUCUCACAUAGAGAAACGGUUUGCAUGGAAUAAUGAUAUUUUCUCCCUCUCUCUGCGUAUGUGUAUUUUACAAAUUAUUCGUUAUCAACGUAAUCAUUUGUGUGUUUGAAUUUUCUUAGUGUUUUAGUGUUGUUGUGUUUUCAUGUUUUAUUUGACUGACAAAUAUCAAAAAAAUUUUAAUUAUCAUCAUUAUAUUCUUCUUUUCGCCUAUUAUUAGAAGUACGACUCGUCCAAAUCGUCAAUUGCCGACUGUACUUUCAACACUUUCACCUGAUGUUACAGGAGAUGAACAUAAUUCAGUGAAUGAAUUGGAUUCUAUAACUAGUGAUUUUGGAAGCAGUGGAUCGGUUGCUACUCACAACAAUAAUAAUGCUUCUACACCUUCAGCUAAUGAAAAUUGAAUUUUUUUCUAUUAUCUACAAAUUAUUAUUAUUAUCAAAAAAUAUCACUGGGAAAGUCUUGUUUUACCUUCCUAUUUUUAAAUUAUUUUGGACAACUCAUAGUACACAAAUAUGCUGCUACACAAUUUGCACAAACAGCUAUACACUUUAUCUAUGGUAUACUACUAUUAUGACUGGUGUGUUAUUUUUCUCGUCGCUACAUCACAAUUUUCAAAGCCAACCUAAGUUUACUCCCCGUACAUAUAUGUGUAUGGCAGUUGUUUCAAUUCUCUAUUAACUAACACUACAAGCAUUAUUAUCUUGAUAAUUAUGGUUGCUUUAUGUAUCGGAAGAAUUUUCAUUCCUUUACGCUGAGGUGCGUCACUAAAACUUCGAACCUUGGUGUUUUCAAACCUCCGGUUUUUUUUAACAAAAUAGAAAUAAACUUUUUCUAACUUUGUUGGUUUUUUGACGAUUCUGAUUGGAUUUUUAGAAAGAUUUUUUGCCCUUUGCUCUAUUUGUAAAUCAAUGUUAAAACUAACAACAUAUUUGUUAUUGCUUGUUUAAUUAUGAUAUAUAUUUCAGCCUUUAUCAGCAGUCAGAUACAUCACUCUAAAUAUGACACAUCACUUUUCUCAAGAUAUGUUCUUUCCUUUUUGUUCUAUAAAUAUUGCGUCCAACCGUCAACAGUUAGAAUUGUUGAAAUUUAUGCUAUCUGCCUGCCUUCUCUGCAAACAAAACUAAUUUAAAAUUGAUAUGUUUUUUUAUCAUGAGAUGCGUUUUUUAAAAAAAAUUAUACUUGCAUAACC